AUGCAAAGCAAUUUCCAAUGUAAUCUUCGCAGAAUCUGCGAAUUCCUCUUCAAUAGAGACCUUGUACUCAUGAAAUUUAUUAAGAAGGCCAAGUAUUAUUUAUUAUCAAGAUUUAAGAAGGAAAGAUUGGAAAUCCAUCUUGGUAUGUCUAAAACGGACUGCAGAAUUGACAUUACUAUUGAUAAAGCUAAAGCACAAGAAAUAAAAGAUAAAGGGGAAGUUGAUCAUUCCUCAACUGCUUCAAUGUUUAGUCAAAUAAGCAGAGCCUUGGAAGCAGCAGCAAAUAAAACUCUUAGACAUCCUGCAAGAUUGUUCAAAUUUGCAUACAAGCCAGAAGGAAUCCAAGAUGAUGCAGGCAAGUAUAAUGAAUUAUUGACAGAACUUUCUAAAGAGCUUCAAUCUCCGAUACUUCCUCUUAUGAUUUCAUCUCAAAAUAACGUCCUUAAUGUAGGCAAUGGAAGAGAUAAUUGAAUGAUAAAUCCAACAUCCACUCUCCCAGCUCACAAGCACCUAUUCAGAACUCUUGGAAAAUUUUCACAACCGAAGAUUUAA